UCAAGCCCCUGCUAUUUGUUGGCUGUCGACCAAUCACGUUGCCCUCGGUCACCCACUACAGACAACAAGGUUUCCUUCUCAUUCUUUGUAGCAUUUAAUCCUCUGACCUACAUGAAGUUCCUGACAGAAGCAGCCACAGGUUUCUCCUUCUCCUGCAGCCACCAUGAAAGUGGCAUCUUUUAACAUUCAGAAGUUUGGAAAAAACAAAGUGUCCGAUCCAGAUGUUCUCAAAAUCCUAACUAAGAUCGUGUCUCGAUAUGACAUCAUUGUGAUUCUGGAAGUGGUGGACAUCAGCGGAGAGUCUGUCAAAACCUUCCUGGAUGCACUCAACAAACACAACAGGAAGCAUCACUACACUCUGAAGAUCAGCAGUCGUCUGGGUCGAACACGCUACAAGGAGCAGUUCAUGUUCCUGUACAGGGAUGACUUGGUCGACUUGGUGGGCACCCAUCAGUUUGACGACCAGCUGAAUGAGGAGAAGGUUUUCGCCAGAGAUCCAUACAUCCUGCGAUUCAGAUGCCUCAGUACAGUGCUGAAGGACCUGGUGAUGAUCCCAGUUCACACCAAACCACAGGACUCAGAGACGGAGCUGGACGAGCUCUACGACGUCUUCCUGCACGUCAAGAAGGAGUGGAGCACUGAUAACGUGAUGAUCCUGGGCGACUUCAACGCCGAUGGCUCCUACGUCUCCAAGAGAGCGAUGAAGGGCAUCCGUAUCCGUAACGACAAGAACUUCCACUGGCUGAUUGGAGACGAUGUCGACACCACGGCCAGCACCGGGAACGACCACUCAUACGACAGGAUCGUGGUCUACGGAGACGACAUGCUCCAGGCCAUCGUACCAAACUCUGCCAAACCCUUCAACUUCCAGAAGGCUUAUGGACUCAGUGACGAGCAGGCUCUGAAAGUCAGCGACCAUUACCCAGUGGAGGUGGAGCUGAAGUCCGUAAACAAGAUAGAUGACAAGGAUGGUGUGAAACCGCAGUGGCCGGUUGAGUCGGUACCUGUGGGCCUCGUGCCCCUGGACGAGGAUCUGCUGGAGCUGAAGAGAGGAAACCUGCUGCUGGAGAGGGAGAAGCUCCAGCUGGAGAUCCAGAUCCUCCGACAGAAGAUGGCCCAGAUGAACAGUGGAGAUUAUGUUUGAACUCAGGAAGGCAGAUCCGUUGAGAACAACCAACACAACAAUAAGCUCUCACUCACUUUACCACACAACCUACAGAACCACUCAGCGUUUCACUUUGAACAGACACAAACUAAUCACUGCAUCUGAUCUGGGUUCAUCUGACUGAGCCGGGGUCUUCCUCCUGAAUUCACAGCACAUAUCCUAAUUUCUGGAUGACUGCACAUAUCCCCAAACAAUAUGAACUGUGACAAACACUUUCCAGUUGUUAUUUUUUUUUACUUUUGACUGAAUCGAGAUAUCAAGUUUUCUGGAAAAUAAAUUAUGAUUUGUUCCAGAAA